AUGCCGGAUGAUUGCACCGACAACCGUUGGAAGUGGUUUAAGGGUUGUCUCGGUGCGCUGGACGGCACCCAUAUUAAUGUUUUAGUUCUGAAUGAUGACAAACCACGUUAUAGAACGAGGAAAGGGCAGAUAGCAACUAGUGUUCUUGCUGUGUGUGAUCAUCAAAUGCAGUUUGUGUACUUGCUCCCUGGUUGGGAAGGCUCUGCAGGAGACUUACACGUACUCAGGGAUGCAGUUUCACAUGCCGGUGGGCUCAAAGUACCUCAAGGUUGUUAUUACCUUUGCGAUAAUGCUUAUGCAAAUUGCAAUGGGUUCCUCACACCAUUUAAGGUAGUACGCUAUCAUCUCAAGGAGUGGGGUCCUGGCACUGAGACUCCCCAAAACUCGAAGGAAAUAUUCAACAUGCGGCAUACCAAAUCUCGAAAUGUGAUCGAACACGCAUUUGGAGAUUUGAAAAUGCGGUGGGGAAUUCUAAGGAGCGCUUCAUUAUAUCCUAUAAAAACGCAAAUCCGUCUUAUCAUGGCAUGUUUCUUACUCCAUAAUUUCAUUCGACGUGAAAUGGAGGUGGAUCCGGUGGAACUUGAGCUAGACACAAACAUGAACACAACCAACACAAAGGAGGAUAACGUUGGUGGGGAGUAUGUUGAUUGUGUUGAGCCGUCUUCCGAUUGGACUCAGUUUAGAGAUAGUCUAGCACUCAACAUGUGGAAUAACAGAUGA